GGUGGAGCCCGCGCCAGGGGCCGGGCCUCUCUAAACUCCCGCGGAGCUGGGUUGGGGGCUGGGUUGGGGGCGGCGGCCCGGCGCUGCGCCCUGGGAUUCUGGGGCAUCGGGAUUUAUAGCGCGCCCUCUGGGGUGGCGUCUGUAGCAGAGAGGCGUGUGGGAUCGGGAUGUCUGGGCUGCCGACGGACCCGGAGCAGAGAGCGCAGGAGCCGCGGCACGCUGGCUUCGUGCUGGGGCUGGACGUGGGCAGUUCUGUGAUCCGCUGCCACGUCUAUGACCGGGCGGCGCGUGUCUGCGGCUCCAGCGCGCAGAAGGUAGAAAAUCUUUAUCCUCAAAUUGGCUGGGUAGAAAUUGAUCCUGAUGUUCUUUGGAUUCAAUUUGUUGCCGUAAUAAAAGAAGCAGUCAAAGCUGCAGGAAUACAGAUGAAUCAAAUUGUUGGUCUUGGCAUUUCAACACAGAGAGGAACUUUUAUUACGUGGAACAAGAAAACAGGAAAUCAUUUUCACAACUUUAUAAGUUGGCAAGACUUAAGAGCUGCUGAACUUGUAAAAUCUUGGAAUAAUUCUCUUCUAAUGAAGAUAUUUCACAGUUCUUGCCGAGUGCUUCACUUUUUCACUAGAAGUAAACGACUUUUUGCAGCCAGUUUGUUCACUUUCACAACCCAGCAGACUUCUUUGAGAUUGGUCUGGAUUUUACAGAACCUGAUUGAGGUGCAAAAGGCAGUUGAAGAAGAAAAUUGCUGCUUCGGAACUGUUGAUACCUGGUUGUUGUAUAAGCUCACAAAAGGUUCUGUAUAUGCCACAGAUUUUUCAAAUGCUAGUACAACUGGACUUUUUGACCCAUAUAAGAUGUGUUGGAGUGGGAUAAUUACCUCUCUAAUUUCGAUACCACUUUCUCUCCUACCUCCCGUGAGGGACACAAGCCACAAUUUUGGAUCAGUGGAUGAAGAGAUAUUUGGUGUGCCUAUACCAAUAGUUGCCUUGGUUGCUGACCAGCAAUCAGCCAUGUUUGGAGAGUGCUGCUUCCAGACAGGUGAUGUGAAAUUAACCAUGGGAACUGGGACAUUUUUGGAUGUUAACACUGGAAAUAGCCUUCAACAGACUAUUGGAGGCUUUUAUCCAUUAAUUGGGUGGAAGAUUGGACAAGAAGUCGUAUGCUUAGCUGAAGGCAAUGCAGGAGACACUGGUACUGCCAUAAAAUGGGCUCAACAGUUAGACCUUUUCACAGAUGCUGCUGAGACUGAAAAAAUGGCCAAAAGUUUGGAGGAUUCUGAAGGAGUUUGUUUUGUUCCAUCUUUUAAUGGAUUACAGGCUCCAUUAAAUGACCCCUGGGCAUGUGCCUCUUUUAUGGGUUUGAAGCCUUCCACCAGUAAAUACCAUCUUGUACGAGCAAUAUUGGAGUCAAUAGCUUUCAGAAACAAACAGUUAUAUGAGAUGAUGAAGAAAGAGAUUCAUAUUCCUGUAACAAAAAUCCGGGCAGAUGGAGGAGUUUGUAAGAACGGUUUUGUCAUGCAGAUGACUUCAGACCUGAUUAAUGAGAAUAUAGACAGACCUGUGGACGUUGACAUGUCAUGCCUGGGUGCAGCUUCUCUAGCUGGCCUUGCUGUUGGGUUUUGGACUGACAAGGAGGAACUAAAGAAACUGAGACAAAGUGAAGUGGUUUUCAAGCCACAGAAGAAAUGUCAAGAAUAUGAAAUGAGUCUGGAAAACUGGGCCAAAGCAGUGAAACGCUCUAUGAAUUGGUAUAACAAGACAUAACACUAAAUGAAAUGAUCAAAACUAUAGAUGACUGGUUUAUGUGACGUGCAGAUGAGAUGAAGCUCAGGGAUAACCAAUAUGACAAUGACUAAGAGGAGAAAAUGUUAAAUAAGCUUCAUAACUUAAGAAGCAUUGCUUUUAAAAAACUCUUACUUUUUUCCCUAAAUCAUGGUAAGGCAGCAAUACCUCAAAACUUUAUAUCUUCUAUUUUGUAAUAAAUUCUAAGGGACAUUAGUCAUUUCCAACCAUAUUUUGACAGUUGUGGGUCCUCUUCCUUUUUAUACUGGGUCAAUGGUACAGAGGAACAUAAUGAUUUACCUUCCAAGCUAAUAGUUCUGGGUCAAUCACCAUGCACAUAUUGUUCCAAAAUUACGUGAAAUGUAUUUAUUUAAUUCUUUAAAUUUAAGUGGGCUAUUUGAAGUACAUAUAGCUAAAAAGAAAGAAUAACUGAGAAAAUGUGGAAUUUUGAAACAUUAAUAUUUUAUGUUUAAAGCCAUAAUUUUCUAAUAUUAUAUCCAAAUAUGAGCUUAAUAUGUCCCUCUCAGAUAAGCUUAUGAGUUAGUUAAUGCUUUCCUUUACUGAUCUUAAAGACACUGCCUUAAUUUUUCCUUGUUCAACCAAAAUCUGAGCAUUCUUUCUAUGUUGAAAACACUGAAAAACUAAUUUUAGUUAAUGAACUAAAAAGAAUAUUGAUUUUUAAGAAACAGAAAAAUGCUACUUAUUUUCCUUCUCAAAUAAUAUUUCUUUCAAAAACUUCUGACUGAAGUAUAACAUGCUGGUAGUUAACAUAAAUCUUGCCUUUCUCUUGUUCUUUAUCUUUCUUCGUUGUUUAGAUGCUUGUAUUAAUGUCUUUUGUUUUUAUUAAGUGCCUAAUUGACAGAGCUUAAUUUGAAGAAAGUGCCCUAAUUUAUUGACCACUUAA